AUGCCUAUCAAAAUUUCCCACCUUGCAGACCUCACACCGGCGCCGCAAGAGAGGUUGUGGCAUUCAUGCCCCCACCCUCAGCUCCCAAUUGUUGCAACUUGUGGCGCGGAUAAAAUUAUUCGCAUCUACUCUCUCCUAAAUUUCACGUUAAUUUCCUCAAUAACUGGCGGCCAUAAGCGGAGCGUCCGCUGUUCGGCGUGGAAACCCGGCUCUGGUGAAGAAAUUGUCCUUGCAACUGCAAGUUUUGAUGCAACUGUCGGUAUAUGGAAACGGUGGGAGCGGCUUCAACCCACCUCUACCAGUGUGUCCCAGGACCCGGAAGCACACGACGACGGUGAGGAUAUACUCUCUGCCACUGGGGAUGAAAGUGAAGACAAAGACGACUGGACGUUUGCUGUUGUACUUGAUGGACAUGACAGUGAGGUGAAAGCUGUCUCCUGGUCAUCCUCUGGCUCUCUCCUUGCAACCUGUUCUCGUGACAAAUCAAUAUGGAUAUGGGAAGACCUAGAAGAUGGCGAGAGUAACUUUGAAACCAUUGCUGUUCUGCAGGACCAUCAGGGUGACGUUAAGUGUGUUUCCUGGCAUCCAGACGAGGAUCGCCUCGCUAGUGGUGGCUAUGAUAACACCGUUCGACUAUGGAGGGAAGAUAUAGAUGAUUGGAGCCAAGUUGCCUGCCUUAACGGCCACGAAGGUACUGUGUGGUCGGUUGAUUGGGAAACAUCAGCACCCUCUGGAACAAGUACAAAUGAUAUACCAGGCAUGUCAUCCAUCUCCCGCUGCGAGGAAUCAUUACGACUGAGGACAGAUACCGGUCGGCAUGAACCACGGCUUGUGUCCUGUUCAGACGAUAAGACUGUCCGUGUUUGGAAGAGAUUGUCAGAUCCAGUAAUAUCAACACCCCAGACCUUGGACAAUAGUAUACGCGGCACAAUACGACCCAACUCCAUCGAAGAGAUGUGGGUUCAAGAAAGCAUUUUGCCGAAUGAGCAUGAUAUGUCAAUCUACUCCGUUGCGUGGAGCAAGGUUACCGGUCUUCUUGCGUCUGCUGGCGCGGAUGGAAAGAUAGUAAUAUAUCAAGAACGCCGAAAGCUGGGUCGCCACUCUGGUGGUGAGUUGGGUGAAAAUGCAACUGAAUCUCAGAGAGAUACUACUCUUACGGACGAACAGCAGGAUCCAGGCAAGUCUAGCCCGGAGACGGAAUGGUGUAUUCUAUCUACAAUAGAGGCAGCGCACGGCGUAAACGAAAUAAACCAUAUAUGCUGGGCAACGAGAGGAGGCCUGAAGGCAGAUUCACCAAUACAGGAGAUACUCUUAACCACAGGAGAUAAUGGCAUUGUAAAGGCCUGGAUAUUAAAAACGGGUUAA